AUGCAUGCCUUAAAGAUAAAGUCGGUGUUUAAGCUGUCUGUUACUAACAUCAAUUUUAAAAGCUACAUUUCGACUGUCAAUAGUCCAGCAAAUAGUUCAUCUGAUUCAACUCGGGAGUUCAAGCCAUGGCAAGAGAUUCCUGGUCCAGCUCGAUCCUCAAUAUUAUUAGGACAUUUUUUUAAUGUCCUAACAAACGGUUCUCUGUACAACUAUGAUGGAUUUGAAAUGUUAGAAAACUUAUAUAAACAGUAUGGGCCGAUCGUAAAAAUUCCUGGACUGUUUAGAUCACCAAAUUUAUUUAUCUUAUACGAUGCUGAAAGUAUAGCGUAUGUUCUACGAAGUGAGAACUGGUUGCCAAAGCGCCCUGGAUUUCAAUCUUUAGAGCAUUAUAGAAAAGUUUACAAGAAAAAUAAUGAAAAUGAUGUAACCGGUCUGACAACCGAUCACGGUGAACAGUGGAAGAAGUUGCGCUCUAUGGUCAAUCCGGUGCUAAUGCAGCCAAAAACCAUAAAAUUAUAUUCGACAAUACUGGAUGAAGUCGCUAAGGACAUGAUUGAAAGAAUGAAAUCAAACCGUGAUGAAAAUAACAUGAUAAAAGGUGAUUUGAGCGAAGAAAUGAACCUUUGGGCCUUAGAGUCAAUUAGCGUUGUAGCGCUUGGAGGCCGCCUUAAUUGCUUCGAACCUAAUCUGCCAGUGGAUUCUGAUGUUAGGAAGCUCAUACAUAUCGUACACGAAUUCUUUUCUGUUGCGGAUAAACUAGAUUUCAAGCCAAGUCUUUGGAGAUUGUAUCCUACUAAAACCUACAAGAGGGCUAUGAAAUUGUAUGAAGAACAGGAAAAAUUAAAUAAAAAGUUCAUCAAAAUGGCCAUGGAGAAGUUGGCAUCGGAUACGAUAUUGGAUAAGGAAAAAGGAAUAUUGGAGAAAUUGCUUGAGAUAGACGAACAAGUUGCUAUUUUAAUGGCGAGCGACUUGUUAUUCGCUGGUGUCGAUACGGCAACGCAUACGAUUAUGCCUUUAUUUUAUUUACUCGCCACACAUCCGGAAAAACAAACAAAAUUAAGAGAGGAAUUGCUUUCAAAUUCCGAAAAACGAUCAUAUCUUAAGGCAUGCAUUAAAGAAUCCAUGAGAAUUAUGCCCGUAGUAUCAGGAAACAUUAGAGAAACUUCUAAGGAGUACAAUAUUCUUGGUUAUAAAAUACCUGAACAGACAUAUUUAUCUUUCGCUCAUCAAUACACUUCGCUGAUGGAAUGUCACUAUCCAAGGCCACGCGAAUACAUCCCAGAGCGUUGGAUCGCCGACAAAAAGGAUCCUUUGUAUCAUGGGAACGCCCAUCCAUUUGCCUACAGUCCCUUUGGCUUCGGAGCUCGCAGUUGUAUAGGUCGCCGUAUUGCCGAGUUAGAAAUUGAGAUUUUCUUGCCAGAGUUAUUGAAAACUUUCGUAUUGAAUGGUUUGGGGAACCACUCAGACAGUAUCAAAGCGCAU